AUGGAGGCAACACAAGAAUCUACUCAGCCGACUGCCGAUCCUCGUCGUAUGGGACUGCACAACUCGGGACUGCACGAUCAGGACCUGGCCGACAUCAUCUGUAUCCUCCAUCCCAAUUCUCAUGCUGCUCACGAUGCCGUCGCAGCUACAGCCUCACUAGGCACCCAACACAUCUUGCAGCAAGCGGCUCUAGAUUAUGAAUCAUCGGAAACUGCGGCACUAGAUGUUGCGCUGCGUUUAUCAUCAGAUGUCCAUGAUCUUUCCACUGGAUUUUGUUUCGGUCGCAAUAGUGCUCGCUGUGAUGUUCUCCUGGCAUCCAAUGAUGACGCCAAGAAAGUCUCAAACUGCCAUUUUCGAAUCCACCUCACAGGAGACGGCAUCAUCAUGUUGCAGGAUACGUCGACGAACGGAACUAUUGUAGACAAUUGUCGUCUGCGCAAGAAUUCCAAGGAUAAUAGCCGCAUGCUUGUGAAUGGAUCCGUCAUACAGGUUGUGACUGGAAGCCAUGGCUCAGAUGAAGUACGAUUUAUUGUACGAAUUCCUUCACGAGAGAAUUUCGCUGUAAAAUACACGCAGAAUGUGCUGCAGUAUUUUCAGCGAGUGCAGGCCGCCUUGGCUGAUGCUGGAAAUAACAACGGUCGACCAGUUCCAACUCAGCCAGUUCUGCCAUGGUCUGUUGGUAAUGCAUUUGGCAUGCAUUGGACUGGUAGUCCAAUGUACAAUGUGACUGGGCAGAUCGGCAAGGGUGCUUUCGCUACUGUGUACAAAAUCGCCACCAAGCAGCAUGGCUCAAUUUACGCAGCCAAGGAGCUAGAUAAGCGUCGAUUCAUGAGAAAUGGCAUCCUUGAUCAAAAGGUUGACAACGAGAUGAAGAUCAUGAGAGACCUCAAGCAUCCAAACAUUGUUCAGUACAUUGACCAUCAUGAGCAUGAUCGAUGGAUCUACAUCAUAAUGGAAUACGUCCCUGGUGGUGAACUGUCAACAUUCUUGCAGAGUCCCGGCAAGAUUCCCGAGGAAAUGGUCCAAACUAUUACUCGCCAACUAUUGCGCGCACUGCACUAUCUGCACCAACGCCGAAUCACCCAUCGUGACAUCAAGCCAGACAACAUCUUGAUUGCAUCACUUGAUCCGCUGCGAGUCAAGAUUUCCGACUUUGGAUUAUCCAAGGUCACGCAGGAGGAAACCUUUCUCAAGACCUUCUGUGGAACACUACUAUAUUGUGCGCCAGAGGUCUAUCCAGACUACGAAACAUACCGAAUAGGUGAAGCUAGGAAAAGGCGUCGUGUGGGAGAUCCACCUCCAAAAACCUCUCCGUACAGCCAAGCCGUCGAUAUGUGGUCACUUGGUGCAGUGCUGUACCAUAUCCUGUGUGGAUUGCCCCCAUUUCAAGGCCGCGCUGAAGAUCGAGGUGUUGCGAUGCUGCGUAGUAUCAUGACAAGCGAAGCCGAUUACAACAUCUUGCGCCAGGCUGGGAUCUCCGAGUGCGGAAUUGACUUUGUCUCCAAACUUUUGAACCGUGAUCCCUUCGCUCGACCCACGGAAAAGGAAUGUUUUCAACAUCCAUGGAUUGUCGAUGUCGCUGAUGUGGACGAGUAUGAUGACGAUGAGCUUCUGGACGAUCCGCGAGAUGGCCUUUCUGUCAUUGGUGAGGACGAUGAAGGGGAACUUGAUGCAUCCCAACUGUCUCUUCAUGAUAACGGAUUAUAUGGCUAUCAAGCUGGGGCCGAUGAGGAAAGCAGUCAAGAGGGGCUUGCUAAGCGGCCACGCAUUGAGCACAUACCGGCCGAUAUUCGCUACCCUUCACUUCCACGAAUCGAGAGCUUCCAGGAAAGCCAGGUCGCGGCCGACCACCAAGCAAGACGCUUAUUCGGCGAGAUCACACCGUCUGCUCUACGCAGUUCUCAUGCGCUCGGUAAUCCAGACGCAUGGAAUCCCGACUCUCAUAUCGAGGACUUUGCUUCUUCCGGUGAGUCGAUGUCCGAUGAGCGCAGUGUCUACUCGGUCGUCUCCCUCCCGGAACAUCCUUUUGGCGGCAUUGCACCCAGCUUGAUGGGAGCGGAGAACCUCGUUGGACGACUGAACAUGAACUCCUCACACCCUAUUCUCCAUCCCGAGAUCGCUCCGAUUAACGAAUACCCCUUCGGAAGAAAAUAUGGCCCCCCCAUUCCAUUCAAGACGAGACCCCCAAGGCGCCCAAGGGAACUAGAGCAAGGGUCACCCGUCGAUUCGAAUUCGACUUGCCUGAGACAGCCAGCGAACAAUCCAGUGAUACGAGUCCCCAGCAAAGUCAAACUUCCUUAUGCCCCCCCUGGUCAUACUCCGGAGGCACAACUUGAUAUCGAACUUUUAACUACGAUUGACGAAAGAACUGGAAAGGCGAUCCUUGCGCAGCAGAUGAGCGCUCGUGAAGCUGAGACAUCGGAUAUUAUCGUCCACCGCCCCGAUCCCCCCUCGAUUCCAUCUCAAAUGCCCAACGACGAUUUUGCCAGGCCACCCAAGCUUCUGGGUCGACUAAAGAGUGUACCUGGCUCCAUUUUCGACCUCAACCUACGCCUGGAGGGUCGAAUGACCUCAUGGGGCCGGGGUUCUCUCGCGUCAGUCGUCCAUGAAGACUCGGAGGACACGCGAAUCCCUGCCUACGCAUUGGAGAUCACAUUCCAUGCCCCUGGAAUCAGUGGCGCGGUCGCGAAAGGUGAAGAUUGGAUGCAGCUGCCCGGGCUUGAAACCAUAGUGUCUACCAAAACUAGCAAGUGCAUUUGGGUAAAUGGUACAGAGCUCCGGCGGGCCACCAGGCUGAAAGGGGGAUCGGAAGGCCUGAAUUAUGGGACAGUCUACACAGGUGAUAUUAUCACUAUCUAUCGACGCAAGGACAAGUACUUAGACCUCGAAUGCGAGUUCUACCAUGGAGAGAGUGCCCAAACUCGACCUGUGGAUGAGGCAGAGUUCACUAUCAAGCAAAUCCCAGCCUCUAAGCCUCUCUCCAAUCGCAUGCCUCUUCGACCAACUCAGGUCAACGAAGCCGUGGCAUAG